AUUAUAUUUAAAUUUAGUGCCAUAAAAAUGUCCCAUAAUCUCCAUAUCAGACCCUCAUCCAGGACAAAAUUCAACAAAGAGAAUAUAAAUUCCAACAUUUACGGAGGAAAUUUUAAAUUAAAAAGAACACGAGUUCGUAAAAAUCUCGACCACAAGACAUUCGAUAAUCGCUCAAAACCCACAAUCAACCUCAAUCUGACUAAAGAUGAGCUAUCACGACAGAGUCAUGCUCACAAGCACGAUUACUCCUUCGGUUCACCCAUUGAUUUUGAUAACAAAGAGAACAAGUUCACUCCAAAUCAAACUUUGGUCCAUAAAAAGCUCAAAAAUCCCAAAUUUCCCUCAGAAUCCACUCAAAAUAACAAAAGUUUCUACAGAAGGCCUGACAUAAGUCCGAGGAGCAGCUCCAAAUCUCUCUCAGAGCUGCUCUCUGGGAACGCCAGUUCCCAGAGAGGCUGCUCACGGAAACUCUAGGCUUCCGUCAGAGAAGCAAUAGAAACGUAGCUAUAAAGAAGAUUGCCAGCAAAAUCUCAGAGAAAAUCAAGCUUGUGCAAUAUCAUAACUUUAAGGUCUUGAAGGAUUUCCCAGGCUUCAUCAGAGAAAGCUCUGAUGACUCCAUUGUUAACCUUGAAGGCAGCUCGAGAAGUUAUAAGCGAAACACUAUUAUUGACUCCUGGGAUCAGAAUAGGAAGAAGAGAAUCGUUGAUCGAAAUAAAGUCAAUUCUGGAUAUACCAAGGAAAUUGGCUUCCCUUCGGGAAGCCAGACUGCCAGAUUGACCAGAGAACCGGAAAUUUUCCAACAACGUUUUAUGGACGAAUAUCUUGAUGCCAAACAUAAUAUUGAAAUUAAGCAGAAAAAUACUAAAAGGAAGACACAGAAAGAAAAUUUAGCUAAAACUUCAAGAGUUAGUGUAGCGGAUACCUCUCCUGAAGUUGUCAGCAGAAGGAAAGCAAUUAAUAGCAAAAUGAAAUAUCUCAAAGAGGACAGAAAAUCUUAUGUUAAUGUAGUUGAGUUAAAACUUGACUACAACAAGAGGCUACAAGAAGUACCAAGAAUAACUCCUGAACCAGAUCAAGGAUUUCACCCCUCUGCCUCAAUGAACACCCCUGUCUUAUGGGAUAAGUAUAAGCCAAAUACUUCCAGAAAUCAUGUUGACAAGUUUGCAGGCACUUUCGACCAAUCCUUGGUAAAUUCAAUAAGAGAGGAUGAACAAAUCGAAAAGAUGUCCAAAAAGGUUGUAAACCUCAAAAAGAUGAUAAUGGCAACUGAAAUAAAGCUUAAAGCUGCCUGUAUUAAAUCAAACCAGAAUUUAUGAAGGAGUAAAUCUACCGAACCGGUCAUCAACACUGUCUAUAAAGCAGAACGGGAUAAGUUCCGCAUUUCAGAAAAGAUCAAGAAAGGAUUUACCAAGCUUGAAAAAGCCAUUGAUACAGUUCAUAUAAGAUCUUUCAUGCUGGAGCUUUCGAGGUGGGUGAACAAGAGCUUAAACAAGUUCAGUAAGAACAUCCCUCAAACUUGCGGAAAGGAUCCAGGCAAUCAGAGAUAUCAGCAGAGGUCAAAAUCUAGCCUUGAUGAUAAGAAAUCGUUUGAAUCCCUUGAAAAAGAGAUUAAACAAGCCUUUAAAAGAGAAAAAUCUGGAAGGAAGAGUUGUAACAGAUGUGGUAAAUCAAAGAAGAAGUCGACUAAUUUAGAACAAAAGCACAACGAACAAGUUAAUAUUGUCAAAAUUGCUCGACCUGAGCCUUCGAAGAGCUUCAAAAGUGGAAAAUGCCAUCAUAAAAAUCCUUCUGUAUCAACAAGACCCCACAGUACUCAACUCGCAAAGAAUAUGGUUUCUCCAAGGAACCUCCAAAACAAGCAGGAGACCAUUAAUCAGGUGUGCCUUGGUCUUGUUUUCAAGUAUAAAUAUUUCCUUGAAAAAGGGUUCAUAUGUUUGAAAGAAAACAGGGAUAUUAAGAAUCAAGAAAGAGCAGCUACCUUAAUCCCCUUAUGCCAAAAAUACAAGCUUUGUAGACUUAGAGGCGCCUUUCGUCAGUGGAAAUGAGAGCGAACAGAGAGCCUCCUUGAGAAAUGUCUCGCCUUAAAGCAGUUAGAUGUUAUGAUAAAGAACAAGCUGAAAGCAAUUGCUUUCACUAAGCUUAGUUUAUAAUCAAUAUUUUAUUCA